UUUUUUUUUUUUUUUUUUUUCUUCACCUUUUUGAUUAUUGUUGUGUUAUAUAUAUAUAUAAAUAAAUGACGUUUAUUACAAGCUUUAGACAGAUUUUUAAAAAAAAGACACCUUCCUGCAAAAAAGCCAAGACGGCCGACAGUGUGAUGAGUAACUCACAAAUGGUGAUUCGAUCAGUGGCCACAGACUCCUCAGGUUCUUCUCGAAAUGGCUAUCAAUUUAAAUUCGAAGACGGACGUAGAUUUCACGCCAACGAUGAGAUCUCGUAUUUCUUACCUAACGAUGAUGAUGAGACCGAUCGUGUACAUCAACAGCAUUGGAUUCUGAGAUACGCACUUCAGUGCAACUAUCAUGCUCCUGUUACAGAAAUGUUAGAAGAAGGUAUCAAUGUCCUCGAUUCAGGUUGUGGACCUGCAACCUGGGUGUUUGAAAUGGGUGAAACCUAUCAACGAUCCACGUUCCACGGUGUAGAUGCCGCUUGUGUCUUUCCUGAAGAUAUCAAACCAGCCAACGUUGAACUUGUCAUUGGAAACGUUGCUAAAAACAUCCCUUACCCUGAUGAAAAUUUCCAUUACGUUCAUCAACGUCUUCUUUUCCUUGGUUUAAGUCAAUCUGACUGGGAUGGUGCUCUAAAGGAAAUAUAUCGUGUCUUAAAACCUGGAGGCUAUAUUGAACUUGUAGAGCCUGACUUGUUAGAUUUGCACAACGUGGGACCACUCUUAAAAAAAUUACAAGAUACUUUAUCCUCCAUUGUCGUUGAAAAAGAUAUGCCUACCAAGGUAGGAAGCCAGUUUAUUGACCUUCUGGAAAAGACGGGUUAUGUCAAUAUUGUCUUGAAGAUCAUUCCAUUAAAACUAAACCAUACCAACAAGGCUGGUGAACUACUCUGGGAUGAUUAUCAUCAUGGUACCAUCAAUAUGCGUACGGUGCUUGCCAAAGUCAAUCAUGAAUGGGAAGAUGAAGAUAUAUUCAAAGAGUUUGUCAAUAAUUGUGGCGUGGAAGCUAAAACCAAUGAAACAUGUAUUAAUUAUUAUGUCUGUUAUGCACAAAAACCUUUGGAAUAAGGGUCUCUCGUUUCACCA